GCUUUUCGUGUUCCUUACAUCAGCCUCUUCCCUUCUCGCCACUGCCUGCAGGUCGUGAGGGAAGCUGCCUACGUCACAACCUCAAAGGACGUGGGCAAGUGGCAGCAGGUGGUUCUGCAGAACCGACGGGCAGAGCAGCUGGCCAGAACUCCCCUGGAACAGGAGAUCUUCGAGCUGCUCCACAAGACACAGCAGCCCAUCACCGACCCACUGCUGACGCCGGAGGAAGCGGCCUCGCUGCAGGCAAUGAGCCUGGAGGAGGCACGGCAGCGGCGUGCAGAGCUGCAGAAGGCUCGGGCUGUGCAGUCCUACUAUGAAGCCAAGGCUCGGCGAGAGAAGAAGAUCAAGAGCAAGAAGUACCAUCGUGUGCUGAAAAAAAGCAAGAGGCGCAAGGCCCUGAAGGAGUUCGAGCUGCUGCAGAAGUCGGACCCUGAGGAGCGGAUGAGUCUUAAGCACCAGAACAAGGGGAAGUGGGCCCGCUCCAGGGCCAUUAUGGCCAAGUAUGACCUGCAGGCCCGCAAGGCCAUGCAGGAGCAGCUGGACAAGAACAAGGAGCUGACACAGAAGGGCGUCCCGGCCGAGGAGCCUGAGGUGCGAGAGGGUCCUGGUGACGACGUGGUGCCUGAUGCUGCUGAGAGCAAGGAGCAGAUGGAGGAGGAGGAGGAGGAGCUGUCAGAGGAGGAAGCUCUGCUACAAGACUUUGCACAGAGACGGCAGACGCGGCAGCAGAAAAAAAAAGGCGGCGGGGAGCCCCAAGGGACAAG